UGAUGCUGGUGAUGAUGAUUGUAUUAGUUGAAUGUCGUCAUCGAAUAUCAUCAUCAUCAUCAUCAACGGAUAUUGAUCAAAUACAGAAAAAAUUAUGGGAUUAUCGUGGUCCGAUUGGUGAACGAAAUUGGGAUAAACAUUAUCGUCAUUGUAAAGGACGUUAUCAAUCACCAAUUAAUAUUGAAAUGGAUCGUAUUGUUUAUGUACCAAAUUUACAAUUAUCAUUUAUUAAUUAUGAUAAUUAUCUUUAUUCAAUGCGUAUGACUAAUAAUGGUCAUGGUGUAAAAUUACAUCAACCAAACGAUAUGAUUGAUGAUGAACGUAAUGAUCGUCUUGGUUGUUUCAUUACUGGUACAGCAUUAAAUAAUGAUAUAUAUCGUUUUUUACAAUUUCAUUUUCAUUGGCGUAAUUCACAUUCAAGUGGUUCGGAACAUGCAAUUGAUGGACGUAAAUUUACAAUGGAGAUGCAUAUUGUACAUCAAAAUGUUCGUUAUGAUAAAAAUGAAGCAUUAUUUAAUCGUAUUUUAGCUGGUGAUUUAUUCACUGUAAUUGCUGUAUUUUUUAAUGAAACUGAUCAUCAUAAUCAUGAUUUAGAUCCAAUUAUUAAACAUUUACAUAAAAUAAUUAAUAUUGAUAGUGAAUAUACAUUGGAACAACCAAUACAGUUGAAAAAUUUAUUACCAAUUGAAAAACAAAUAAAUUUUUUACGUUAUUAUGGUUCAUAUACAACACCGGAUUGUCAAGAAAUUGUAACAUGGAUUAUCUAUCCAAAACCAUUGGAUAUAACAUCCGAACAGAUGCAAAAAUUUCAAGAAUUAUUAUUCAAUACAACACAUAAUCAUCGCCAUCAUCACCACCAUCAUCAUCAGCACCAUCAUGAACAUCAACAUAAUCAUCAACAUGCUAAUGAUGAUUUUAAAGCAAUUUCGGCUGCUUUAUAA